UCCAUGGACGACGAUAUCACCUUUGGCGUCUCCGUGUGGGGUUCCAGUGCUCCCGUUAGCAUUCUCCAAGACAAUCCUUUCGAUGACCGGGUGCAUUCAACGACAGACCCCUUCCACUCCCAAUCGGCAGACGACCAUUUUGACGAUUUUGACGACUUCGGUCCACCUGCUCGGGACCUAACAUUCUCCUCCCAAGACGAUGACUUUGGAGAUUUUGGAGACUUUGAUACGACGGAAGGUAUUCCGUCCGGUGACAGCUUUGGUGACGCACUGGGAUUUGCAGUGGAUGCAUCAUUAGCUGGGCCAUCGUCUUACAUCGACUGGGAACCAUUAAUAUUGGAGCCCGUGCCGAGCAGGUCACGGCUGGUACAGGAUAUCGACAACAUUCUGGGACCGCUAUGGCCGAAAAGCAUAGCGGAGGUUACCACGGAUGAUCCUAUUCGAGAAAUGGAGGGCAUAAGUCAGAUUCUUGUGACGUCAGAAAGUCGCGAUCUUUUCAAUAUGCUGGUGCAGCCACCCCCACCAACGAAACCACCAAAUUGGAUUCGUUCACGAAUACGACGACAACAUUUAAUUGCCCUUGGCAUUCCCGUCAAUUUAGACGAGGUUCUUCCGCCCCAUACAGGCGGCAAGGUCCUUCCUCCUUUGCACAUAACCACUCGACCAAUGUCUGCACCGCCAGGGCCCCGAGGUCCUCUCCGUCCCGGAAGCAUUACCGCUUCUGCGAGUAACUCGAGAGCCGGGUCCCCACAUUCUAAACACACUUCUUCUGUAUCACACUUUGGCCCCAAACCGGAACUCGAUGAUGCCAAAAUUCAUCAGCUUCUUGCACUUGACUCUGACACUUUGACACUCCAACCUCUUUCGACGCUUGAGCGGUAUCUAACGGAACUACGUCAGCAGACGGCGAAUACUUCAGCUCGCUUAACCCACUUACUGCAGAACCGAGACGCUCUACAGCAGGAUGCCGAAACAUACAAUGGGUUGAUCGCCGAACUGGUCGGAGAGGCGCAGAAAAUAAAGACUGGCAAGGGGCGGGCGCCGAACAGACGGGGAAGUGGGAUGAUCUGA